AUGUUCUCUACAUCCAACGCCGGACGCUCGGCCGACAACCUAUCUGCCCUAUCACCGGCAGCUCGCCAUGAAGUGCCCCUUCACAGUCACGCUCAGCACCCGGAGACGACCCAGCUCGAGAAGGAGCUCGACUACCGAUUCGGUCCUCUCGAUGCCCGGCGCACUGGAUGCCCCCUCCGGAAGCAGAGCCCACAUCGUCCAGGAAUCUGGGCAGAAUGGUGUGUUCUCAUCUCCAACACGUCCCGUCUCAUCCGCGCUGCCUUGCUCACACAUCUUGGGUCACGUAUAGCCAUCUCGACACUUCUCCAACCGCCGAUAGUCCGAACCGGCCUCCAACCGCACUCUGCAGCGCCCUUGUCGAGUGCGCACAAGCCGCCGACGGCCAGAGAUAUCCCCCCGGUAACCCUCACCAACAUUACAACCGUCGAUGCAUCCGAGUUCGCCCCCUACCUGGCCCAGUUCGGGACUCUGUACGAGCAGCUACGACGUGUCAAGGAGAGUGAGGCAGAGGCCACUUCGGUGUGGCGAGGCGGCAGGCAUCAGGGCGAGCAGCAGACCGAAUCGACGCCGGCUGGCAACGAUGGCCUCCUGCGUCCGGGGCUGGGCUCGUCCCGUCGACCGCGAAAGGGGUCAAACGCCUCCCUGUCGUCCAUCAACUCGAUCGAGGCGCCCAGCCCGUCGCGGCGGUCGAGCUCGCAAUCCGUCUCGCGCAAGGCCGCCGCGCAGGGUCCGCCGCCCCUAUCGACCAUACCGAACGUAUAUUUUGAGGAGGACUUUCACCUCGAGAAUCCCCGAACGUUUGACGUCGUCAGCGAAAAGUCCGAGGUGAUCGGUCCGUCGCAGACCAUGCUGGACGGCAAGGGGGAGGGCAACGGCGCUGUCGUCGCCGCGGUGCCCAGGAGGGCCCUCGCGACGAAUGCGAUUCUUCAGGAGAAGCUGUCGUGGUACAUGGACACAAUCGAGGUGCACCUCAUCAACUCCAUCUCGACGGCCUCGACCACCUUCUUCACCGCACUCGGUUCCCUCAAGGUACUGCACUCGGCUGCCGCCGACUCCGUGCAUAGGAUCAAGGCCCUCAGGAUGGAGCUCGAGGCCCUGGACGAGGAGAUUGUCACUUCCGGUCUCGACAUCCUGCACAAGCGGCAGCGCCAGGAGAACCUGCGGCAGCUCAGCGACGCCGUCCUGCAGCUGAAGCGCAUCGUCGACGGCGUGGCCGCCUGCGAGGCCCUGGUCGACGAGGGAGAGGUAGAGAAGGCGCUGGAGAGGAUUGACGACCUGGAGAUGCUGAUCGCCGGCGAACGCGAGGACGAUGCCGAACCCGCCCCCGACGCCCCUCAGCUGCGCAACCUCCAGGGUGCUGCCUCGCUACGAGGGGUCAAUGCCGAUAUCAUGACGUUGCGGUUCCGCAUCGGGAACAUGUACGAAAACCAAUUCGCCAGCGUGCUGCUGGGCGACCUCAAGGGCCACGUCGACUCUGUGCCGCUACCGGAGGUGCUUCUACGGUGGAGCCACGCUGCGACGAGGGGCAAGGGCGGCCAUAACCGGACAUCUACGGUCUUCCCCAGCUACCUGUCCAACACGGAAGAACUGAAGAAGCAGCUCACGCCGGCCAUGGUCGGCCUGCACCGGGCUCACUACCUGGCCGCGGCGGCCAUGGCGUAUCGCGAGACGGUGCUGCGUGAGAUUCGAGGCCUCAUCCGCCGGCCGCUACCGAGCUCCAGCGAUGACGACAACGAGUCGAUGGUGUCGGUAUCGACGGCGGCCAGCGGGAGGGGCCGAUCGGGCCAGGAGAAGUCUACGAUACUGGCGCGCAACCUGCGGGCCCUGGGCCCCGACGAGGCCGAGGCGCUCCUGUCGACCAUCUACGUCGGGGUGACGGAGACGCUGCGGCGGCUGACGACCCAGAACAAGAUGCUUCUCGACGUCGCCAGCUCGCUGACGGAGACGGAGACUAACAGCGGCAUCAGAUCGCCGUCGCUCCGAUCGCCGCUGGCCAGCCCGCAGCCCGAGCGGUACGGAAACGUGAACCCGUUCUCGUCCGGGUUCGAGCUGCAGGAGGAGAUGCACAAGUCCCUCGACGUGGCCAACCUGCUCGGCCAGGCCGUCGACGUGGCCAACGAGAAGGUGGUCAAGGUGCUGAGGGUGCGGUCGGAGCAGGUGGCCAACCUGCCGCUGGACUUCUUCCUCCGCUACUUCACGCUCAACCUGUACUUUGCCAACGAGUGCGAGGCCAUUUCGGGCCGGAGCGGCACGCCGCUCAAGAACGUGGUCAACGGGCACAUCAAGGAGUUUGUGCAGCGCACGCGCGACACGGAGAUGCAGAAGCUCGCCCAGGGGAUGGAGUCGGACCGGUGGAACGUGCGGGACUUUGACGAGGGCAGCGCCAAGCUCCUCGGGGAGAUUGUCGAGUCGAGCACGCACGACUGCGAGGCAUGGCUGGAGCGCACAAGGCUCUGGGUGCCGUACCACGAGAUCGAGAAGGCGGCGGCGGCGGCGGCGGCGGCAGCGGCGGGGCAGCAGGCGACGGCCACCGCCACGGCGGCAGCGGAGCCGGACGCCAAGGAGAAGACGCGCUCGGCGGCGAUCGACUCGGAGAAGUUCAUGCUGCCCAACUCGGCGGUGCUGUGCAUGGAGGGCAUAGCCAAGAUGCUCCAGCUGAUACUGGGGAUCCCAUCGAUGACGUCGGACAUCGCGUCGUCGCUGAUCGCGUACCUGCAGCUCUUCAACUCGCGGUGCACGCAGCUCAUACUGGGGGCGGGGGCCACGCGGUCGGCAGGUCUGGGCAGCAUCACGUCCAAGCACCUGGCCCUCGCGUCGCAGGCCCUGGCCUUCAUCUCGACGCUGAUGCCGCACGUGCGCGAGUUCGUACGGCGGCACGCCGGGUCGGGGCCGGCCGUGUCGUCGCUGAUGGGGGAGUUUGACAAGGUCCGCCGGCUGCUCCAGGAGCACCAGGACAGCAUCCACCAGAAGCUGGUGGACAUCAUGAGCGGGCGAGCGGCCAUCCGGGCUCGGGCCAUGGACGGCAUCGACUGGGACGCCCCCGCGACCGGAGCGGCCGCGCACGCGUACAUGGAGACGCUGGUCAAGGAGACGAGCACGCUGCACCGGGUGCUCACGAAGCAUCUACCCGACAUGGCUAUCCAUAUGAUUAUGGGGCCGGUGUUUGCCAGCUACAAGAGCCAGCUUGGGCAGGCACUGGAGAAGGCUGAGCCCAAGACGCCAGCUGGCAAGGUUAGCAUGUUGACCGACAUCGACUUCCUCGUUACAAAAUUAGGUCGCAUCGCUGGCUUCGACGACACGGGUGAUAACGGUAUUCCAUCUCCCUCAAGACUCUCUCGGCCGUACGAGUGA